UGUGUGUGUGUUUGUGUUGUUUGGUGUGCGUGUCGUGUGUUUUGAAAAGUUUGUAUGAAUGGAAAAGAGCUGGCGAACCUUUUUUAUAAACCCCUUACUGCCUAAGUCAUUUUAGCUUUCGAAAACAUUAGCAAUAGCUGCCUUUAAUUGGAUAACGUUAGCUUUAACGGCGCUGUGGACGGUCGGUCACCGCUUUCACAUGAGGAUUGUACCGAUUUAGGUUUAACGUAUACUUUGGUACCAUUAGCUUAGCUAGUAGUAUUAGCAAUAUAUUUAGCAGUUUUGGUUGAAUCAAAUCUUGUAAUCGAGCAAACGUGUCGUUAAGAAUGGUGUUCUUCACCUGCAACGGCUGUGGGGAAUCCCUGAAAAAAGCUCAGGUUGAUAAACACGUGAACAUGUGCCGGGGUUGCCAGGUCCUGUCCUGCAUCGACUGUGGAAAAGACUUCUGGGGGGACGACUACAAGAACCACGUUAAAUGUAUUAGUGAAGACCAGAAGUAUGGCGGCAAAGGCUUCGAGGCUAAGGCAAACAAAGGAGAUGUGAAACAGCAGCAGUGGAUUCAGAGAGUCCAUGACGCAAUGGACAAACCUGGAGUCAGUGCAAAGCUCAAAGAUGUGCUUCAACAAGUCAGUUCGUAUGAUAACGUCCCAAGAAAGAAGGCCAAGUUUCAGAACUGGAUGAGAAACAGUCUUAAAAUAGUUAACACCAGUCUUCAUGAUGAAGUGUGGGAUAUUCUUGCUGCAGCGGACAAUCCUUCUGAGGCCUCCAAGGAGAUUAAAGAAGCUAAACAGACAGUGGCUGAAGAGCAAGCGGAUACUAAUGGAAAUGAAAAGCAGAACGGCCAUCCAGAAGUUGCGAAGAAGAAACUGAACAAGCGGGAGCGUAAAGAAGCCCGUCAGCAGAAAAAUGGGAAGGCUUUAAAAGCUGCUGAAAAGACAGUUUCACAGGAGCCAGAAGAAGGCAAAAAGAAAAAAAAGGACAGAAAGAGAAAGCACAGCUGUGAGGAAGACGGAGAUGAAGAGCAAAACGGUGCUGAAAAUAAGACAUCCAGCAAGAAAACAAAGACAUCUGACCAAGAGGCUGCUGGCAUGUCAGAGGAGACUGACGAUCAAGAAGUUCCCAAAGGCAAAUUCAACUGGAAGGGAAAUAUCAAGGCAGUACUAAAAGACUCAGAUGACCAGGAGCUGUCCGUAAAGAAACUCAGGAAGAAGGUUUUGGCAGCAUACUACUCUUUCACUGGGGAUGGAAAUUUUAAAAAGGAGGAGGAGGUGCUAGCACUUUUCAACAAGAAGAUCAACAAUAAUCCCAAAUUUAGAGUAUUGAAAGACAGAGUUAGACUUGUAAAGUAGACCUGUUUAUCAGACCCGUCUGCCAUGCAAUUGAUGUUCAUAGACUUUUAAAAUGUAAAAGCUAUUGUUGUCUGCCAUCCUCCCUUGGAUGUUUUUGUAUAGAUGACCUAAUCUCAAAGAUUAAAUCAUUUUAUAACAGAAUUGUGUCCCGUUCCCAUUCAGUAGUUUUACAGGGUGGUUGCCUAGUCAGCAUGAUGAAGAUCAUCAUCAUUAUACCUUACACCGUGUCAGUGAUGUAUUAAUGUAUGAAAUGACAAUCGUGGUAGACGGCUGCUCUGUUCCACAUUCCAAGCCCACACCAAGGCUAGGAAACGGCAUCUUAUCUGUGGGAUUGGAUGUUGGAGUGGGGGAAGGGAAACAGGAGAGGUGCACCUGAGGAGGUGAAUUUGACUCUCACACGGGAUGAAGCUAAUGCACAUUCCUCGGCACCCUGAACGAGGUUCACUUGGCCAGGGACACAGAAGCUCCAUAGAAGCAAGAUGCUUGGUGUCAGCCUCAGGUGAAGUUUUAAUGCUGUCUGAUUUUCCACCGCUAGAAUAAGCAGCCCCUUUACCCUGUACACAUACAGAGACACACACACACACACAUGCACACAGACGGGAGGAGCUACAGGAGGAAAUCUGCCCAGCUUUAUGAAGCCCUGCUAAUCCCAGCAGGUUUAACACUGAUGCUCAUUCAUCACACUGCUUACCUGUAAUUGUAUAUUGCAUACUUUGGGAAUUAGUCAAGCUCUUACUCAAGGUUACU